AUGAAUUCAAACGCUGUCAACAUGCCACCGUCAGAGCUGAAGUGCAAUAUAUGUCCCCGAAAGCCCAAAUUCAGCGAUGUCUCUCAUCUACUGACCCAUGUGAGCUCCAAGGGCCACCUAUCCCACUAUUUCAAGCUACAAGUACGCAGCCACCAGGAGCCGCAGGCCAGUGAGCUUUUGGCUGCCUAUGACCGGUGGUAUGAACAAAAUAAGCUUGCUACUUUGUUAUCAGACCGUAUGCUUGCCAAAGAAGCCCGCACUGGUAAAGGUCCCCGUAACAGUACCCGUGCAAGCCUUCCAGUUGCUUUCUCCCAUCGUCCAUCUUCGACCGUGACCGUGACUACUUCUGCUAGCCGGAAUCCCAAUGCCACUUCUAGCCCCCGGAGGAAUUCACUCCCUAGCUUCCUGGAUCCUCAACUCUCCCAGAACUACUACACCUACGAUGCCCAAGGCAAUCGUAUAUCAGGUCGAACAUAUUCCCCCAUGUCAGUCAGUAGCAUGAUCAACCCCAAUCCUCAACCUGGAUAUUCCUGGCACCAACCACCUCAGUAUCAAACUCAAGCUCCAUUGCCAUCCUCAUCCAUGCCACCAGUGUGGAAGGAUAGGGAUGAAACAGAGUCAGAUGGCGAGGGAAGUCCGCUGAUGGGGAGGCGAAGGAGGAUGAUACAAACUAGACCUUUGAUUGAUCCGUCCAUACGUCCCUCUCGUCGAUCAAUGACCCCUGAUCCAUUUGUUGAUGAUGAUGCUGCUUUUGAGUAUGAUGACGACCAGGAAGAACAUAGCCAGCGGGGAAGUGAUGAAGCGAACAGGUUAAAAGGUAUCUUCUGGCCUGGCAUGGACAUAUUUGAUUCUGCCACCGAGGAAAUGAGACGUAAACGAAACCAGAAAAAGGAUGGCUCCAUUAUUAAACAGAUGGAGGAGACCUCUGAAAGUGUUGAGCCGACUGAACUAGUGUUUUCUCCUAAUGGUACCCUUCGGAAACAGCGCGUCAUUUCUGGCAUGGUUGAUGAUAGCAGCCCCCUCAAGGGAGAAACACCCAUUCCCAAGAAGAGGGUAUCGCGCCCGCGUAGGCGAGCCUUGGCUCAACUGAAUGCAAAUGCUCAGAUGCAGUCAGCACAGAGCAGAUAUCAGAUGAGGAUGAGAGCGCAGAGUCAUGUUUCUCGGCUCGAGAAAUUAUCUCGACAGGCACUUAUGUUCGGUGAUUCUCUAGGAGGUAUUGCUCAGAGUUAUAACAAUAAUGAUGGAAUGGAUUACCCGCCGCUGGACCCCCACCGCCGCCAUGCUGUCCCUGUGUACCGUGAUGGCAACAAUGCUGUCAAAUUUGGGCUUGAAUGCUCCACAGUCAAGGCAAACGAAUACAGUAAACCUUAUUAUGGUUCUUUCAAACCUCCAAGCACUGAGGCCUACCGAGGUAAAGAGAAUAUUGACCCUAUAUUUGCCCACAUGGGCGGACGGGAUGUUCAGAAGCAACAAUACUACUACGGAUUCCCAUCUCACGCUGAAAACGAUACCUACGGAUACUCGAUGAACCCCUUGUCUUAUGCCACAUCUCAGCCACCUUGUGACCCUGGCCAUAAUAGGGAUGGGCUCAAGGAUACCAUGACAGUCGACACCAAGGACUUGUUUGUUCAGCAAGCGUCUGGGAUUUUUGGAACUGGCCGUCCUGCAUCUCCUAGAGGAACCAUGUCUGAUAUAGGGCACGAUGAUAUUACCCAGAUGUAUCUGAAUGGUCUGCCGGAGUAA